UGUCCCUGGCACAUCCCCCGCCCUCGGCUGGCCCCGAAUAGGGCAGGCUCAGAUCAGCCGCCAUCUUCGAUCCAGAGCGAGGCUGAGGGGCCAGAAUGUUGCAGCCCAGCCCCCCUCCAGCGCUGCAGAUCUCCCCGAACGACGUCUCCGGCGCCCACUACGGGCCAGAGCAGGAAGUGCAGGAUGAGGCGCCCGGCAGAGCUCGGAGAGGCACCCGGAGGAACCUGCUGGAGCCCCAAAGAAGGAGAAUCCGCCUGGGCUGCCGGCUGCCAGCAGAGGCGCCCGAGGACAAAGCAGAAGCCCCGUCUGGCAUCGGGGACCUGGUUCUGGCAGCGGAGCUGAUGGAGAUGGCCGGGGUGUCCCCCUGCGAUGCCCAGCCCCGGGGCGGGACCCAGCCGGCCGUGCAGCACGACCAUGGGGCCUACGGCGUCCCCCAGGAGCCGGCUGCGCUGGGCCGCAUGGUGCGGGAGCUGCAGGAGACGGUGCAUCGGCAGAGCCAGCUGCUGCAGAGUUUGCAGGAGGCCUUGGCCACCAGCCAGGAGCGCUGCCAGGAGCUGCAGGAGAGGUCGGAGAGCGAGUGCUGGGUGCUGGCGUCGGAGCUGGGCCAGCGGAUCGCGGCGCUGGAGGCGGAGAACCGGAACCUGCGGUGCGAGCGGGAGCAGCUGGAGAGCCGGACGCAGGGGCUGCGGGAGGAGCUGGAGCGGAGCCGCAGCACGGUGCUGCACAUGGGCCACAAGCUGAAGGAGCAGGGGGGCCGGGCCGGGCCAGGCCGGUUCUGCCUGGCCAGCGUCCGGGACGACGGCAAGUGGCUGCGGUUCUACACCGGCUUCGGCAGCGCCCAGCGCCUGGCCACGUUCCUGGCCUUCCUGAGGGAGGGGGAGCCGCAGCGGGGGGCCGAGCCGGGCCCCCCCAGCGCCCUGAGCCCCGAGGACCAGCUCUUCCUGGUGCUGGUGCGGCUGCGGCUGGGGCUGCUCCUGCAGGAUCUGGCCUUUCGCUUCCACCUCUCCGAGGCCACCGCCUCCCGCUACUGGCUCAGCUGGACCCAGCUCAUGGAGACCCGGCUGGCCCAGGUGCCGGUGCGGUGCAGCCCGCGCUACGUCGAGCGCUUCGAGCCGCGGCGGGCAUUGCGGGUCGGGGGCGUCCCGCUGGUGGUGCUGGACUGCGCCCAGCUCUGCUUCGAGGGCCGGGGCCGGCGGCUCUACGCCCUGCAGGGCUGUGCCCUGGCUGCCCCCAGCGGCUUCCUGGCCUUCUGCUGCAGCGCCGCCCUGCGGGGCGGGGAGGGGGCUGCGGGGCCGGGGCUGCCCCCCUUCCUGCAGGACGGCCCCGUGGCCCUCAGCGCCCGGCAGGGGGAGGCCAGCCGGCAGGUGCUCAGCCUGGCCAGCCUGGCCGACAAGGCCCUGCGCUUCCGCUUCCUGCGCGGGGUCCAGCCCCCCGCCAUGGAGGGCCAGGUGGGGCGAGCCUGGGCCAUCUGCUGCUACCUGGCCUGCCUGCUGCACGAGCCCAUGGGGCUGGCCUAAGCCGUAGGGGGUCUGCGCCGUGGGGAUUCCCUGCCUCCCCCUGGCUGGCAGGUGUGGGGCUGGGCUAGGGGGCCUGGA